AUGGAACUAUCAAAGCAUGAACAUACCGUAUGUCAAAGUGCUGGACGAUUAUUUGUUGAUGGUGAAACGUGGCAAUUAGCUCCUUGUACAUCAUGUACUUGUCGCGUAGGUAAUGUCUUAUGUCGUGUGGUUGAAUGUCCACCAAUUGCUUGUCCAAUGCCUAUUUUCGAUGAAAGAAAUCAAUGUUGUCCUAAAUGUCCGGAAGAAAUUAAAUCAUCGACAGGUCUUCCGGAAGUAGCAUUAUCAAAUAUCGGUAGAGUGAUAUGCACGGACAAUAAUUAUGUUGUACACGUUGCUGGAUCAAGUUGGAGGACAGAUGAAUGCACUUCGUGCAGAUGUGUCACAAUUGAUGACGAAGCGAAAAUUGAAUGCUUCGAAGAGAAAUGUCGACAGUUGACAGAUUGUCGAGGAAUGCCAUUAACAAUUAAGGGAAGAUGUUGUCCCGUUUGUUCAGAUGUGCUAUCAUCUGGUGCAGUAUGUAGUUACGGAGAUAGUGUAUAUAGCGUAAAUGAAGAAUGGCGUGAUGGUCCAUGUCGCAAUUGUACCUGUCAACCAGGUGGUGGGACAAUAUGUAAAGAGCAACUAUGUGCAAAAUGUAAUAAUUCCAUACAAAUACCAGGACACUGUUGUCCAAUUUGCAAAGAUGUCGAAUGGCGGUCCUUUGGCGAGGGCCAAUUUCAAUCAGUAUUAUUGGAUGGCAACGAUUCAUCAUCAUCUUCUACAUCCUUAUCAACAACUUCACAAAUGAAUACGAUACUAUACGGAUUUUGCUUAACCGGAUUUAUCCUUAUCGGUGUCAUCGUUUUCAUUCUCAUUUAUAAAUUAAUCAAACAAAGCAAAAAUAGCGAAGGAAAGAAAUCGCCAAUUCAUUAUAACAGCUCGACUGUAUUAUUGUCAGCUACAAAAGCGAUUGGCUCAACACCACGACUAUACGAAGAUAUACCAAUUCGAAGGGAUAGUUGUGGUGAUGGUCAAAGUGAUUUACUUAUUUCAUCGAACUCUGAAACAAGCUCAUCAUCCAAUAGUAGCUCGGGAUACGGACCGCAUUACGAUACCUUACCAUUAAAUCCAGUGAAGAAAAGUGUUAGUCGAACAAAAUCGAUGGAUUACGGUAUUCGACGCGGUUUUGGUUCCUUCAAAAAUAAUGCAUUCGGUAAAUUGGGCAAUAAGCAUGGAUCUUGCAAUGUCUAACAAGAAAUAAAUAAAAUUAAGUCGCAUAGUGGAG